GGUUAUAUUGUUUAGAUUGUGCAUAUUGAAAUUGUUUAAAACUAGUACGCGUCUAUUAUAAAUAGUUUAUAAGAAAAAGUCGAAUUUAAAAGAUUGGUCAUUAAAAUUUCCUUUUCUGUUAAUGCUUCUUUCGGUUAGUAAUUAGUAGUGGUUGCUAUAAAAAGUACUAAUAGAGGCUACGAUGAUUUUUGAAUAAAAAGAUUACAUCUGUAAAUAAUAUUUAAAUAUCUGUAAAAAUGGAAAAUGAAGUGGAUAUUCAUUGCAUGAACACUAAUGGUGUUGAUUUACACGAGACAACUAUUUCUGGUAAUUUAGUUGAAGGUACACAACUAGAGAUGAUUAAUCAAUUCGACAACGUGGUAGAUUUUGAGGAUUCCCUCAUGCAAGAAUUAGACUCUGAUUUGAUGAGCAUUGAUACCAGUGAUGAGGGUGUUAUUAUGCAAUACAUGGAUAUAAGAGAUCCUUUGACAAAAUUGAGAAACUUGUUAGAAUCAAAAUUGAACAUUGACCUCUCAGAUUAUUCGUUUUACUUACAGGGCACUCAGUUUUUAGAAAAUGAUAGGAAUUUAGUAGAUCAGUGUGUACAAGGUGAAGGGUUGGUGCAGAUUAACUGUCAAAUUCAACCAAAUCUAAAACAAAUAGACAUAAUUGAUGUUUUAAAACCGGCAGAUGAUUAUAUCGACUUAGACGAGGAGGCUUCUAAUUCUCCGCCAGUAAAGGCCAAAGAAAUUAAAAAAAUAGAGAAAAAGCAGAAUGUUGUUCAGUGGCAGGUUGACGCACCGUUUAGAAAAGAAAUGCAAAAGUUAAAAAUUCCUUCAGACCCUGAAGAAUGGGACGUAGUUCACGUUCAGCAUUGGGUCCAGUGGGCAGUCAGGCAGUUUAACUUGACCAACAUUAAACUGUCGGACUGGUCAAUCACUGGACGGGAUUUGUUUAAAAUGACCCACGCAGAUUUUAAAACCGUGGUCACAAAAGACCCUGCCGACAUUUUCUGGACUCACUUUGAACUUCUUCGUAAAAUGAAAUUAGUCACUACUAUGAGGGUUGAAGCUGAAAUGGGCGAAACGUCUGCCGAAAAUAUUAAUAAGAGGCAACCUAAAUUAAUGAAACAGAGUAAGAUGAGCCGCAUAAUGCCUUGCUAUCCAACGGCAGUCCAUUACUUUGAUAGCCCCAAUGUGGGCAACAGGACGGGUAAUAAUGGUCAGACGCAACUCUGGCAAUUUUUGCUCGAAUUACUCACCAGUAGAGAGUACAAAAGCGUCAUACACUGGAUUGGGGAGGACGGUGAAUUUAAAUUGAGUAACCCUGAAGUUGUGGCCCAACUUUGGGGCGAAAGAAAAAACAAACCGACCAUGAAUUAUGAGAAAUUGUCUAGGGCUCUUAGGUACUACUACGACGGGGACAUGAUCUCGAAAGUCCAUGGUAAAAGGUUCGUUUAUAAGUUUGUUUGCGAUUUGAAACAGCUGCUGGGGUAUAGUGCCGUUGAAUUGGCUAAAUUGGUCAACUAUGGUAACCCCCAUCAUGAAGAUACGUCGUAGACUCGUGGGAUACAAAGUAUUUAACAUAUUUGUACCCCGUUUUGAAUUUUUGUACUGUGAUAAGACUGAAAGAUAAUUAAUAACUAAUGUUUAAAUAGUCGUAAUAGUUUUUUUCAAAGUGUAUUUUGAAGUUUUCAAAAAAACGAUAACAAAUAGUUGUUUAGAUGUAAUUUACUAUAAAUAAAUACGUCUCUUUUUCUGAA